AUUUUCAUAUAUGCAUGCGUAAAAGUUUUGUAUGUUCGUUUUGUCUUUUUGUCUUCUGAAUCUUGUUCCUGCAGACAGAAAUCAGAAAGAGAAGACCAAACCCAGAAAGCCAAAAAACCAGAGGGAAAAAUCCACAUGCAUUCUUGGGAAAUUUUACUUCCCGCGAAAUUUCCCAGCUUUUUCUUGUCAAAUUAAAGCACCCCACUUUUCUAUUUCAUCCCUUUUCUUUUCUUAAUUUUUUAAUUUUCAAAUUCUUGUUUCAUUUUCGCAUUAGUUUUAUAUAAAGAUUUGGUUUUUACAAAUCUGAAUUCUUGUUUUUCGCUUCUUUUUUUUUUCUUUUUUCUUUUUGAUAAUGGAUGGAUGAAUAGUAGUCGAGUAUGGUGAAUUUCUUGUAAGCAAUGCGCGUGGCCGGAGGCUAGAAAUCCAACGGCCGUGGAAGUCAAACCAUCAGAUCCAAGUCAAUGUUCAAAGCUUUUGUGCCAUGCGAUAAAAUCAAAUGCCUGAAUAAUCACAUUCUUUCUGUCUGGACUCAGACAGGGGCGUUAAAAUUGCAAAUCAUAUUCUGGGUCAGGGCCAUUCUUUUUGAAGUACAAGAUUGAAGCUUUUUGAGAUUAGCUGGAUUAUACCUCCUGGAGUUUUUGUGGGUUGUGUUUGGUUUUGUCUGAAUCUUGUAGGCCUUCUCUUUCAAACAUUCUCAUACAUAUCACUUUUUUUCUUUCUUUUUUUACCCUAUGCCCCUUCUUUCUCCACAUUGUAUUUGGUGAACUUCUUCUUCAACCUCUGUUCUAGUUUUCUUUUUCUAAAAGUUCUUCAGACAAUUGGGUUUUCGAGUUAUUGGGUUUGAGGCCUUUUCUUGGGGUUGGGAGAAAGGAUUGAUUUUAUAUAGUUUUUUGGUUUUUUGUGUAUUUUAUUAAAAGUAGUUUCUGGGUGGGAUUAUCAGUGCAUUUAGCCACUGGUAUAAACUAUAAAGAAGGCAUAUAGAUUUGGAGGUUGAAGAUUUGAAGAGUUUGAAGUAGAAUGAGAACUGGUAGGAAAAAGAGGAUACAUUUCAGCAAGAUCUACUCAUUCAAAUGUGUCAAAGGAGGAUUCCAAGAUGACCAUUUACAGAUUGGAGGACCAGGUUUCUCAAGAGUGGUUUUUUGCAAUGAGUCAGAUGGUUCAGAGGCCAGUCUCAGGAGGAAUUAUGCUACCAAUUAUGUUAGGACUACUAAGUAUACAGCUCUAACUUUCUUGCCUAAGUCUCUGUUUGAGCAGUUUAGGAGACCGGCUAAUUUUUACUUCCUUGUCACUGGUAUCUUGUCUUUCACAUCCCUUGCACCUUAUUCUGCCGUCAGCUCCAUCAUUCCACUAUUUAUAGUUAUCGGAGCAACAAUGAUUAAAGAAGGUAUUGAAGAUUGGCAACGGAAGCAGCAGGAUAUCGAGAUGAACAAUAGAAAGGUUAAGGUGCAUCAAGGUGGUGGGACUUUUGUGCAAACUGAAUGGAGACAUCUGAAAGUGGGUGAUUUAGUGAAGGUGGAGAAGGAUGAAUUCUUUCCAGCAGACUUACUUUUGCUUUCGUCCAGUUAUGAAGAUGGUGUCUGCUAUGUUGAGACGAUGAACCUUGACGGCGAGACAAAUUUGAAACUGAAACAAGCAUUAGAAGCAACUUCCUUGUUAACCGAGGAGCAGAACUUCAAAGAUUUCAAGGGUGUUGUUAAAUGUGAAGAUCCUAAUGCUAAUUUGUAUGGUUUUGUUGGAAGUAUGGAGUUUAAAGAAAAACAAUAUCCUCUUUCUCCUCAACAACUGCUACUUAGGGACUCUAAACUGCGGAACACGGACUACAUAUAUGGAGCUGUUAUCUUUACUGGCCAUGAUACAAAGGUUAUGCAAAACUCUACCGCAGCUCCGUCCAAGAGAAGCAGGAUUGAGAAGAAAAUGGAUAAGAUCAUCUACUUCUUAUUUGGAGUUCUCUUCUUGAUCGCUUUUGUUGGAUCAGUUUACUUUGGUAUUGCAACCAAAGAUGACCUUGAAGGUAGUAGAGUCAAAAGAUGGUAUCUCAGACCUGAUGAAGCUGAUAUUUUUUUUGAUCCAGCAAGAGCCGCAAUUGCUGCUGUAUAUCACUUUUUGACAGCAUCGUUGCUUUACAGCUACUUGAUUCCCAUUUCUUUGUAUGUCUCCAUAGAAGUUGUUAAAGUCCUUCAGAGCAUUUUCAUUAAUCAAGAUGUUCAUAUGUACCAUGAGGAAACUGACAAACCAGCUCAUGCCCGCACCUCAAAUCUGAAUGAGGAACUUGGCCAAGUUUAUACAAUACUUUCAGAUAAGACAGGCACAUUGACUUGUAAUUCCAUGGAGUUCAUUAAGUGCUCAGUGGCUGGUACUGCUUAUGGAUAUGGAGUCACGGAGGUCGAAAGAGCUAUGGCUAAAAGAAAAGGGACUGUAAAUGGAAAAUAUGUUGAGACUCCCUUAUCUGAUAGCCCUAAAAGAUCAUCUGUCAAAGGUUUCAAUUUUGAUGAUGACAGAAUCAUGAAUGGGAACUGGGUAAAUGAGAAGCAUGCAGAUGUCAUCCAGAAAUUCUGUCGCUUACUGGCGGUCUGCCAUACAGCCAUACCUGACAUCGAUGAAAACACAGGGAAUGUCACAUAUGAAGCUGAAUCACCAGAUGAGGCUGCCUUUGUUAUUGCAGCUAGAGAACUUGGCUUUGAAUUCUUCAAAAGAACACAAACAAGUGUCUCUAUCAAUGAGUUGAACCCUGUCUCUGGAAAAACAGUUGAACGAACGUACAAGCUGUUAAAUGUUCUGGAGUUUAAUAGUACAAGAAAGCGAAUGUCUGUAAUAGUAAGGGAUGAGGAGGGGAAAGUGCUCCUACUCUGCAAAGGAGCUGACAGUGUCAUGUUCGAGAGGCUUGCUAAAAGUGGAAGGGAGUAUGAAGAGAAAACCAGAGAACAUGUAAAUGAAUAUGCUGAUGCAGGCUUGAGGACCUUGAUACUUGGUUAUCGGGAACUCAGCGAAGAUGAAUAUAAAGUGUUUGAUGAAAAGUUUUCAGAGGCCAAAACCUCAGUUAGUACUGAUCGUGAGUCUCUGAUUGAUAAUGUGACUAAAGAAGUGGAAAAAGAUUUGAUUCUCCUCGGUGCGACAGCUGUUGAAGACAAACUCCAACAAGGGGUUCCUGAAUGCAUAGACAAGCUUGCACAAGCAGGACUAAAGAUAUGGGUUUUGACUGGGGAUAAGAUGGAAACUGCCAUUAAUAUUGGCUAUGCCUGUAGCUUGCUCAGACAAGGAAUGAAGCAUAUUACUAUUACCUUGGAUACUCCACAGAUCACUGCUCUGGAGAAACUGGGAGAGAAAGAUGCAAUUGCAAUGGCUUCAAGGGAAACUGUUCUAAGGCAGAUCACUAAUGGGAAAGCUCAGGUUGCCAAAUCAAGCUCUGAGGCUUUUGCCUUGAUCAUUGAUGGGAAAACUCUUGCAUAUGCAUUACAAACUGAUAUCAAACAAUUGUUUCUUGAGCUUGCGAUUGGCUGUGCAUCUGUAAUUUGCUGUCGUUCGUCUCCGAAACAGAAGGCACUGGUCACAAGACUUGUUAAAGAAGGAACAAAGAAGACGACUUUAGCAAUUGGUGAUGGGGCCAAUGACGUGGGAAUGCUUCAAGAAGCAGAUAUUGGAAUUGGCAUAAGUGGGGUUGAAGGAAUGCAGGCGGUCAUGUCAAGUGACAUUGCAAUUGCUCAGUUCAGAUUUUUGGAGCGCUUGCUUUUGGUGCAUGGACAUUGGUGUUACAGGAGGAUCGCUACAAUGAUCUGCUACUUUUUCUAUAAGAAUGUCACUUUUGGUUUCACCGUCUUCUUUUACGAGGCUUAUGCAUCUUUUUCUGGACAACCUGCAUACAAUGAUUGGUUUUUAUCUCUUUAUAACGUAUUCUUCACAUCGUUACCUGUCAUUGCUCUUGGGGUCUUUGACCAAGAUGUAUCUGCUCGAUAUUGUCUAAAGUUUCCUUUGCUAUAUCAAGAAGGCAUCCAGAACGUCCUCUUUAGUUGGCGCCGUAUAAUUGGUUGGAUGCUGAAUGGGGUUUGUGGUGCCAUCAUAAUCUUCUUCUUCUGCACAAGUGCACUAAAUCCUCAAGGAUUCAACAAAGAGGGUAAGAUUGCUGACUACCAAAUUCUUGGAGCAACAAUGUACACUUGCGUUGUCUGGGUCGUGAACUGCCAGAUGGCUCUCGCCAUCAGUUACUUCACCUAUAUCCAGCAUGUCUUUAUCUGGGGUGGAAUUGCUUUAUGGUACCUCUUCCUCUUGGCAUAUGGAGCUAUGCCUCCCAGUAUUUCGACAACUGCGUACAAAGUGUUCGUCGAAUCUCUUGCCCCAACGCCAAGUUUCUAUAUAAUCACCUUUUUCGUUGUUAUCUCAGCCCUUGUACCAUAUUUCACUUACAAUGCAAUUGAGAUGAGAUUCUUCCCAAUGUACCAUGAAAUGAUUCAGUGGAUGCGGCAUGAGGGUCAAGCUGAGGACCCUGAGUUUUGCAAUAUGGUGAGGCAGAGAUCCAUAAGACCCACAACUGUUGGGUAUACUGCACGUUCGCUGGUAAAAACAAAUCCGUUGGAAGAUAGCAAUAGCAAUCACAGAUGACAUUUUCUGGUGUAAUUGUUUGAUUCUUUGCUGACUGAAUGUUGGUUUCUGAAGCCUGCUUUACCUUUAGAGCUCUCCCAUUGUUCAUGAACUGGGGCUGGAUCUAUUUGCGAACGCACACACCCCUAGAGGUUUCAGGACCACAAGGUCUGUACAGAAGUAUAAGCCAGAUGUACUAUAUUUUGUACCAACCAUUCGUCGGCCUGAUUAGUUUGUAAAUUUUGACAUUAGCUUAUGAGCAUAGCUCACACAUGUUCAUUCAUUAAUUAUUUAUACAUCGAAUUGUCCGACAGUUUAAUCAUAUUUAAGGGAGGGAUGAAUAUGUUGUAACUCUGGAAUAAGAAAUGAGAAAGCUAUUGGAGUUAUUGUUUA